AAACCCUAAUUCUCUCAACGAAACUACUCUCCAUCCUUUGAUUCUCUUCGCUUCUUAGCAACCAUGGUGUCAGGAAAGAAGACGAAGAAGACUCAUGAGAGCAUCAACAAUCGGCUGGCUCUCGUGAUGAAGAGUGGAAAGUACACUCUUGGUUACAAAACCGUGCUUGAGUCUCUCAGGGGCUCCAAAGGUAAGUUGAUUAUAAUUUCCAACAAUUGCCCACCUUUGAGAAAGUCUGAGAUCGAGUACUAUGCCAUGCUUGCUAAAGUUGGGGUUCAUCAUUAUAACGGAAACAAUGUCGAUCUGGGGACGGCAUGUGGAAAAUAUUUCAGAGUAUCAUGCCUCAGUAUCGUUGAUCCUGGUGACUCUGAUAUCAUCAAGACUCUCCCAGGGGACAACUGAAAAACACAAAUUGAAUGCCUUAGUCUCUUGAUAUAUUUGAUUCGAUCCCCAUGUGGCAUUAGAGUGUCUCAAAUUUAAUUUUCUGUUAUUAUGAACUUGAUGAAUCUUUUGGGGCAUGGAUGGGAUGUAUUAGUAAUUUGAUCCUAUAGAGUGAAAUUUUGUUAAUUUGGAG